AUGUGGGGCAAGAGUUUGGAUUGUUUCUUAUUUCAGUGCCGCAGUCGCUUGUUUGUUGUUUUGUUUCCGCCAGCGUUUACCUCGGCUAAUGCGUCUCGGCUCUUAAUAAUUUCUGUUGUGCCCUUCGCCUUUUGUGUGGCUGCCUGGCUGGCUGUUCCUCUCAUAUACUUCUUAAAGGCGCUUUCCAGACAGGAAAAGUUUCCCCUUGGGCACGAAUGUCGCAUAGCACAUGCAGUGGAAGAAGGGCGUAAGAACAUGCGCGACGGAAGAACCGAAUCUCAUCCAGUUCCGCUUUCUCUUUUUUUUUCUCCUUUGUACCCUACUUUACUUGCAAACGCCGCAAUCAUGUGGAAACACUUGGUCCCCUCUUAUGACAUCAAUCAUCUGCCUUUUGGGAUGCAUUGUCACUCCUCCCUUUUCCUUCAUUCAUCUUCGUGUUGUUGCGUCGUCACUCACUCAUCCGGUUAG